AUGCCUCAAAACGAAUAUAUCGAAAAGCACAUAAAGCAGCAUGGUCGUAGAUUGGACCACGAGGAGCGUAAGAGAAAGAGAGCUGCCAGAGAGGGCCAUAGAGUGGCCAAGGAUGCCCAAACAUUGAAGGGCUGGAGAGGAAAGCAGUUUGCCAAGCAGAGAUACUCCGAGAAGGUGGCCAUGAAAAAGAAGAUAAAGGCCCACCAGGAGUCCAAGGUCAAGGGACCAUCCACACCAAAGGAAAACGACGGCGAGGCGUUGCCCACAUACUUGUUGGACCGUAAAGAUACCAACACUGCCAAGGCUAUCAGUAGCUCGAUCAAGCAAAAGAGAAUGGAGAAAGCAGAUAAGUUUUCCGUACCAUUACCCAAGGUGAAGGGUAUUUCCGAGGAAGAGAUGUUCAAGGUCAUCAAAACAGGAAAACUGAAGACAAAAUCAUGGAAGAGAAUGAUCACCAAGCAUACAUUCGUGGGAGAAGGGUUCACUCGUAGACCAGUUAAGAUGGAGAGGAUUAUUCGUCCUUCGGCAUUAAGACAGAAAAAGGCCAAUGUGACCCACCCUGAGUUGGGAGUCACGGUUUUCCUUCCUAUUUUGGGUGUCAAGAAGAACCCUCAGUCACCCAUGUACACCCAAUUGGGAGUAUUGACCAAGGGAACCAUCAUCGAAGUCAAUGUUUCGGAGUUGGGUUUAGUUACUGCUGGUGGUAAAGUUGUGUGGGGUAAGUAUGCUCAGAUCACCAACGAGCCAGACAGAGACGGUUGUGUGAAUGCCGUAUUAUUGGUUUAA